GUAUAUCCAUCGUUCAUUCAAACAUCUCCGUGCACAGGUCCUCGCUUGCGUGUCGGAUCCAGACCUGCUGGAGUCCGGCCAAUACCCGUCCGACGUGAAAGAGAGGGCCAAAUCGAUACUGGCUGCUUGCGGUGGCCAGUCAGUGGGCUCGUACACAAUGUCGCACGGUAUCGAGCUGAUCCGGCGCCACGUGGCGGAGUACAUCGAGCGCCGGGAUGGACACAAGGCCAACUGGCAGGACAUCUGCCUCACCGGCGGAGCUUCCAACGGCAUCAAGAACUGUCUGCAGCUACUCUGCAACAAAGUCGACGGCAAGGACACGGCGGUGUUGAUCCCGAUCCCCCAGUACCCGCUGUACUCGGCGUCGCUGGCGGAGUACGGACUGGGCCAGGUCGGGUACUACCUCGACGAGGACCACAACUGGGCGCUCGACAUCAACGAACUCGAGCGCGCCUUCCUCGAGGGAAGCAAAACCCACGCCGUGCGCGCCAUCGUCGUCAUCAACCCCGGCAACCCCACAGGGCAGGUGCUGACCCGCAAUAAUAUCGAGGAUAUAAUAAAGUUCGCCCAGAAGCACGGUCUGUUCGUGUUCGCGGACGAGGUUUACCAGGACAACGUGUACGACAAGGACAGCAAAUUCUUCUCCUUCAAGAAGGUGAUGACGGAGUUGGGCGCGCCGUACGACUCCAUCGAGCUGGCGUCGUUCAUGUCGAUCAGCAAGGGGUACGUGGGCGAGUGCGGGCUGCGCGGCGGCUGGAUGGAGCUGUGCGGGCUGCAGGCCGGCGUGCAGGCGCACCUGUACAAGGCCAUCUCCGCCAUGCUGUGCCCCACCACGCUCGGACAGACCGCCGUCGACUGCGUCGCGCGGACCCCGAUGCCAGGCGAGCCUUCAUACGAGCUCUGGAACAAGGAGAAGACGGCAGUACUGGAGUCUCUGAAACAACGAGCCAAGAUGAUCGUCGACACAUUCAACAGCAUGGAGGGCUUCUCUUGUAACGUAGUGCAGGGCGCGAUGUACGCGUUCCCCCGCAUCGAGCUGCCCCCGCGGGCCAUCGCCGCGGCGCGCGCUGACAACAAGCUGCCUGACGUCUUCUACGCGUUCAAACUGCUCGAGGAAACUGGUAUCUGCGUGGUCCCUGGUUCUGGUUUCGGCCAACGUCCCGGUACGUUCCACUUCCGCACCACCAUACUGCCACAACCCAAGCAGUUGCAGGAAAUGCUGGACAUCUUCAAGGACUUCCACCAGAAGUUCACUAAGGAAUACUCGUAAACUCACACACCAGCCACGACUGAACUACUGCUUGUAGCUGCGAACUGGACCUCUACUAAUAUAUUACUCGUGACAUGUAUAGACCUCACUAUAUUAUGUAUAGUCGUCGUCGGUACACGUACACCUCACUUGCUCAAAACUGCAUAUUAAAGAACACUAAACAAAAAUAACCGCUUGACUUUUUUUCUACAACAGUGCAGCUAUUGUCUUAUUGAAUUAAAUUAUAAGAUGGUCAUUUUAAUCACUGAAAAAUCUAUUAAAUUUUUGCAGCUUCAAACAUGCAAUAUCUGUCAGUCUGUGCAAAUAUAGGACUAGUUCCUUCUCUAUAGGUCAAUAUUAACAUUUGUAUGAAUUAUGUAAGUUAUCUGUACGUCGCCUCGUAGUCGACAAUAAUGCAUGCAGUUUGCGAUUUAAUUGUAUUUACAAGCUCACCCUGAGAUUACGCUGACAUCAUAUUUUUUUCUACGUUUUU